AUGUCUCAUCGUGUCCCUCAUGAUCCUGAGCAUGAGCUCGAGUGGUCUAUCAUCGCAGAAAGCAUUGAUGACGAUGAGCUGCACCGGCUGCGUGAAUUGCAUUCGCUCUUAGAUGACUGUGACUUGCACCCUAUUUGCAGGCGCAAGCCGCUGCACCGUCAAGCGCAAACACUGCUGCGGUACUUAAGGGGUCGGGAUGGGAAUGUUCGCAAAGCUGAGAAGAUGUUCAGGGACAUGAUCGAUUGGCGUGAGAGCUUUGAUGUUGAGAACAAAGUUCACAGCUGGCGAAGGGAGCUGGAGCGUGGCAGGACUCGUAGAGCACAAUUGUGCAAGAUCUACGGUGUAGAGGAGCAAAUGUGCAAUGACAAGUAUGGAAUUCCAGUGAGACUUUUCAGACUCUCCGUCGCAGACACUGCCGGCCUGAUUCGUGAGUUCGGAGUGGAAGCCGUGCUGGUUGACAGCCUAUCCAAGCUGGAGUGGACACAUGAGCAAAUCCGCAACGCUAUGUUUAAGCACAGGAAGCUUAUCCGUGGUCAAGUCCAAAUCAUUGAUGUUGGAGACUAUGGAGAAGUGCCAGAUUGGACAGGUCGCAUGUGGAGUAAUUUGCGGCUGGGGCCCGACAUCUACAAGGUUUUUGAUGGCAACUACCCGGAGACUGUUCGAAAAGUAUUCAUUGUUCGCACCAGCUCCUUGGUUCACCAUGGAUACAUGCUCAUUCAGCGCUUGUUACCCCAGCGCACCAAGCGGAAGCUCAAGCUCUUUGGCCCAAAGGCAGCAGAGUGGGUCUCAGAGCUUUGUUCCGAGCUGCCGGAUCCCCACGGACUACCGGACUUUCUCCUGAGCGAUAGUGAGGAGGCCAUUCGCUCGGCUAAGCCGAAGGGUGGCAUCGUGCCGGAGGGCAUUGCUGGUGCCAAUGAGGGUCGGGAGGAGGAUGAUACUCCAACAAAGCCUGCCCUCUGCGGAACACCAAGAACGCCCGCGAAGAUUGUGCAGCCAAAGAGAGCUACUUGGGAUCUUCGGUCCAAUGCGCUGAUGGAUUUGUUUCUUGCAGCAGCUGCAGCGCUGAUGCUGGCUGGUGUGAGAGGCAAUUUGUUGCAAGAUAUGCAUUGA